ACUUUGGACUGUUAGAGUAGGGUCUGUGUAAAAGCCUUGUGGAAACUCACAUACCACAUACCGUCCUGGCUCACUCAAGCUCUGGAGCAAAAGCCAAACUUCUGGAUGUACACCAACCAGGGAAUGUCGAAGAUAAUCCCAGUAUUCCUGAUAGGGCUCUGCUUCCUGUUGCUCAGGCCCACUUGUUGUGAUGGCAGCAGGAUUCUGGUAGUACCUGUUGAUGGCAGCCAUUGGCUCAAUAUGGAGGUCCUCCUCAAAGAGCUGCACUCCAGAGGCCAUGAUAUCACUGUCCUGUACUCUGCCAAGAGCUGGUACAUCCCUAAAAACUCUACAUUUUUCACAUCAAUUACUAGACGUAUGAUGGAGGAUGAUACGGACAAGAAUGCCUACAAUCGAAUGCUUUUAGAUGUUAUGGAAUGCCGCAAGUCGAUGCCCUUUAUACGCACCUUCUGUCAAAACAACUUAAUAGGAUCCAUGUUGGAUAUGGGCCACAAAAUCCUUGCAGGAGCAACUGCUGAAAUGUUAGAUGACACUGUUUUUAUGAAGGAGCUGCAAGAUGCCAAGUUUGACCUGAUGUUAACAGACCCUGCCCUGACUAUAGGGGUUCUGUUGGGUAGUUACCUCAAGCUGCCAAUGGUUUUUAACGUUCGCUGGAUUAAUACUGGUGAGGCCCAUUUCACCAUAGCUCCCUCGCCUCUGUCCUAUGUACCGGUGCCUGGAAGUGAACUUCAUGAUCAAAUGAAUUUUCUGGAAAGGACCAAGAAUAUUUUACAUUAUCUACAAAGCUUUUAUCAGCUGCACUUUAUACUGAAUCCUCAUUAUUCAGAUCUGCUCCAGCGGCACUACCCACCUGGUUCUGACUUGUUGUCUAUGCAGUAUGCAGCUGAUCUCUGGUUGAUUAGAACAGAUUUUGUUUUUGAGUUCCCUCGCCCCACAAUGCCCAAUGUGGUCUACAUAGGGGGGUUCCAGUGCAAGAAGGCUAAUCCCCUCCCUGUUGAGCUGGAGGCCUUCAUGCAGAGCUCUGGGGAGCAUGGAGUGGUAGUCAUGUCCCUUGGGACGUUCGUUUCAGUCCUGUCUCGUGAGGCCACAAACGCAAUUGCUGCAGCUUUUGCUCAGCUCCCUCAGAAGGUGGUGUGGAAGUUUGCUGGUGAAAAGCCUUCAUCCUUGGGGAACAACACGCUCUUGGUGAACUGGCUCCCUCAGAACGACCUCCUUGGCCAUCCCAAGACUCGUGCCUUUGUAGCCCAUGGUGGCACCAAUGGCAUGUAUGAGGCCAUUUACCAUGGCGUUCCUGUUGUAGGCCUGCCCCUUCUCUUUGACCAGUUUGACAAUGUUCACCGACUUAAGGUCCGCGGGGCAGCUCAACACGUUGAGGCAAGAACACUUACAGAGGAAGGCUUCUUAGAGACUUUAAAGGAUGUCCUUAACAAUCCUUCCUACCGUGACAACAUGCAGCGACUUUCAAUGCUGCAUCGGGACCUGCCAAUAUCACCAAUAGAUACCGCCAUUUUUUGGAUUGAGUAUGUCCUAAGGAACAAAAGGGCCGCCCAUCUUCAGUCAGCAGGUUUUAGUAUGCCUUGGUACUCCUAUUUCUGUCUAGAUGUGGCUGUUUUCUUCAUCAUUAUCAUUGUCGCUUUUGCCUGGGCAUUAAUUGCAUUCUGCAGGAUUCUCUGCAAGUCAAGACGGAAAAGGAAGGCAGAGUAACUGAUUUUAAAAUGCUCAGUGACUUUUUUUUCUUUGUAAAUAUUUGAGUAUAUUCUGAGUUUUGUUGGAAAAACUGAUUGAUGGGGAGUAUCACAGUCCCUCAAAAAGGAACCUCUGAAUAUUGUCUCAAUUAUUAGAGUUGGAUCGUACUUGAAAGAAGUUAGUAACAGUUGUAUCACUAACUGUGAUUCUUGAUGAAAAACAUGUAAACAUAGCCUGUUUUUGCUGCAUGCUUAAUCUCCUUGUUUAAGGGCUACCGCAGUUUCAGACAAUAGAAUACAGUAACUAGCCUGUAGAAAUAGUCCAUCUUUGGAUCUGGGUUAGCGUAUCUGGCAGACCUUUAACAUCAGACAUCUUUUUGUCUGCAGUUCCAGCCGUACUUGUCUGGCAUGGAAGAAAAUGGUGGUUUGUAUUGUUUCAUUCAAACUUCCCAGUUGUGGUUCUAAAACAUUGCUAAAGGUGAUACACACAGAGCCAACAUGUUUGCGUCAAACUGGACAAAAUAAUCUUUAAGACAUAUAGCUUGGAUUCACUUCAGACCAGACUCCUGUCAUUUAACCAAAUAAAUUGUGCCACCCAGUGAAAAAACAGGUUUAGUUUCUAUAUAUUGUGAGUUUAUUCUCCCUCUGAUUGUAUUAUUUCUUCCUUACAGUAUUUUAACAUCCAGCGCUGAAAGAGCUCCACUCUUGAAGUUUCACUGUUAAGUUUCUUAUGAUCUAAAAACUCAGUCAGAGAAGGACAAAAUUGGGAAAUAUUUGUGUGUAUUAAUUGUUGCUUAAAUUAACUUAACACAAAAAAAAAUAUGGAAAUCCAUUGAGUCUUACUUGUCAUAAAUCCAAUCUUUGGUGACAUCCAAAUCCAACCCAUUCUCAAAGCAGACUUGAGACUGUAGGGUAUUUAAUGCACGAAACACAGUUUAUUUGAUUCAUCUUUUAACUAGUUUAGCUUAUUAGCAAGUGUUUGAAUUGGGUUUCGAAAAGAACCAUUUUGGCUGAUUAAACUAUUUUUAUGUUCACACCAAUCAAGCAGCAGUAUAAACAGAUCAAAUGAAACCAAAACAGCGGGAACAUGCUGCCAUGAAAACAAAAAAAUUACAAGAAAAGACAAGAUGAACAAUGUUUAAACUGAAGGUGGAUUUAAUUGUGAAGAUUGAAUUCUAAGGUUCUUUACUUGUGUUUGGUUAAAAAGAAGAAGAAGAAAGAAGCCUGAUCCUGUAGCUAUUCAGGAAAACUUGCAACCCACAUGAGAAGAGAUUGAAUUUUAACCAACAGACCCGUUAACUCCACCUAUGGCACUUCAUCAUGACCUCUACAUCAAUGUAUAGAUCUACUUUCAUGUUGUGUUAAUUUUGGCGACCCCUGUAGACCAAAAAAGGGUAUUUUACCUUUUUAACCUGCCAACUUUUCAUUUGCUGCUUAUUCUGAAACUAUGUGAACACUUGGAAACAACAACUUUAUCUUUCAACAAAUCACUUUGUUAGAUUGUGGUCAGAUAUCAAUCAUUCAAAAUAAAACCUAUUUAACCAGU